AUGUUUUCCUCACAAAAACGUUUAGAAAGCCUACGAGAGCACUUUCGUACACAUAACAAAAUAAGAGAGCAAAGACAACAUUCAUCUAAAGUGCACACAGUUCGUUGGAAUUGUGAUGGCAGGAAGUUAGCUAGCGGCUCAAAUGAUAAAAGUGUUGUAGUUUUUUCAUUGGAUCGUGAACGACUGACAAAAGAUCGAACAUUUUAUGGACAUUCUGGCACAGUUGAUCAACUCACGUGGCAUUCUAAAAAUCCUGAUCUCGUUGCAACAGCUUCAGGUGACAAAACCGUUCGCAUUUGGGAUACAAGAGCACAGAAAGUACUCAGUAUAAUUAACACAAAAGGGGAAAACAUCAACAUUACAUGGUCAAGUGAUGGACACACUAUUGCAGUCGGGAAUAAAGAAGAUCUCAUCACAUUCAUCGAUACAAGAACAAAUAAAAUUCGAGCUGAAGAGAAGUUCAACUUUGAAAUUAACGAAAUUAUGUGGAAUAAAACGAGUGACCAAAUGUACCUAACAAGUGGCCAAGGAUGUGUACAUAUUCUCAGUUAUCCAAAUCUUGAAGCGCAACACGUUUUGAAAGCUCAUCCUGCGACUUGCAUUUGCAUAGACUUUGACAACACCGGAAAGUACUUUGCUAUAGGAUCUGCUGAUGCUCUUACCUCUAUUUGGGAUGUUGAUGAACUUUCAUGUGUACGAGUUCUUUCAAGAUUAGAUUGGCCAGUAAGAACAGUCUCGUUUAGUCACGACAGUAAAUUGCUUGCAUCAGCAUCAGAAGAUCACUUCAUCGACAUCGCAUUCAUCGAAACAGGAGAAAGAGUUUGCAACAUUAAACUCGAAUCAGCUACAUUUUCAAUCGCUUUUCAUCCAAAACAAUAUCUUCUCGCUUAUGCUUGUGAUGACAAGAAGGAUGAAUCUCGUGAUGCUGGAAAUUUCAAAGUUUAUGGUUUCUCUGAAUAA